UUCUCCGACGCGUCGCAAUAAAAUACCUCCUGCUUAUCUGACUUAGACUGAGUCUCUUAAGCAGUUAUUCUCGCCUUUUGGGGCAAAAUUCGGCAUCAAUCCUGCAGAGAGAAGCUGCAUUAGGGUGCUUUGCAUCACGUUCUAGUUCCUGAUUCCAUCCUCACUUUCUUUUGCUGUAGUUUCUUCUCACUGACAAUUCGCUCUUUAUAUGUCUUGAAAAAGGUGGGAAUGUUGGCAGGCUGAGCAGGGAAUUGGACAGCUUGAAUUCUCAGAGUAAAUUCUGGGUCUGGGUGCACACUCUUCACUGAGAGAGAACUGGUGCUGGUUUGGGGCAGGUGAGGGAGCUCGUCCCCAUCACAAAGAGAGAAGCUUGCAGUGUUCAGCAGGGCUAGGAGUGGGCAUUUUCAAGGCUGCAGUCUGGAAUCUGUGUCAAAGGGAACUAAGUGACGAUUAAUUCCUCACGCAGCUUCUGGGCUUUCCCUACACACAGCGCUGCUGCCUCACCAACAGCUCCGCGGUGCCCCUGAUGUUCCAGCUCCGCAUGUUGGACGAUGGCACGCAGCCGGCUGUGGACAGCGUGGAUCAGAUCCGCAGGGACACUGACCCGGCCUGGAGCAAGGGAAUCCAUUUCCAUGUGGAUCCCAGGGAGUUCACCAUCAAUCCCAGCGGAGGCACCAUCCUCCCCCAGAGACACCAGGACAUCGAGGUGACCCUGUGCUCCAACACGGUGAUGGAGUUCUACCGGAGAUUGCUGGUGGACCUGGAGGGUAUUGGCAAGGGAGUGGCAGCCCUGAUCAUCACAGCCAGGUGUCUCGUUCCUGAGCUCCAAGUGUCCUCCCCAGUGCUACUGUGUGAUGAGUGCCACCUGAAGGUGCCAUAUGAGAGGAAGAUCCUCAUUAGGAAUCCCAGCCACCUUCCUGGCUGCUACGGGCUUAUUCCCCAGAAACGCAAGGAGGACUCUGCUGUGCUCUACUCCAGCCCCAAGCCCUGUGGGAUUGUGCAGCCCCAGAGCACAGCAGAGAUCCCAGUUGUGGUGGCAGUGCAGGCCCUGGGCACUCAUCGCACCGACGUUCUCAUCGGCGUGUUCGGGGAUGAGAGAAACCCCCUGAGAGCACAAUUACGGAGCUCAGGACGGCUGGCAGAAAUCUCCCCAAGCCCAAGGCUGGCAGAGCUUGGCAGGAUCCCAGCACCACAGCCUGUAGAUGAGCUCCACCCACCUAAAUUUAAACCCCAACCACCAAAGGAGAUGAGAACCAGUCUGGAUUGCCCGGCAACUCGAUGGAGGCACUUCAGGACUGGACAGGAGGAGGCAGCCAGAGGCCUGUCAAGGUUUAGAGCAAAUUUGGGGAAGAAUCCCCCGAAGCAGCUCUGGCUUUCAGUAUCCUGCCACUGCCAGGUGUGCUGCACCAGGAGAGAGCCAGCAGGUCUCCUCCACCUUCUCUGGCCACCUCACCACUACCUGCAAUGUCCCGGAGCUGUGCCAUGUGGAGGGAGGCUCCACCUCCAAGGUGCUGGUGCCCGGGGAGGCCUCACGUGUCAGCUCCUCCCUGAGCCCCCAGGAGAUCAACUGUGGCUCUCAGGCCCCUCUCAGGGACAGGCGUGGGUUCCUGACACCAUUGGACUUAUACCCGUCCCGUCCGCCGCAUUUGGUGCCCCGUCCGAGGAUGUAGAAUAGAAGAAAAAAAGAAAAAUCGUGGAUGUCCCGGCCGCGGAGACCCAAGUGUUAGCAAGGAGGACACUGUAUCAUCUCUCCUGCCAAAGCCAAGAAAAUUGUAAGUAACUUAUCUCGGGAGAGCGCUUGGGUGACGUUGGGAGGAAAAAUAGAGAAAAAGAAAAUUAUUAAAAGAACACAAAAAUGGGAACGAAUUUAUCAAAAGUUGAAUGGGAUGUUUUUCAUCAAUUAGAGACAAUGUUACAAGAAAAAAGGUCACUCUGAAAUUUCAAAAACGGAGCUUAAAAACUUACUUGUCUGGGUUAAAGCAAAUACGCAAGAUUUAAAUCUGCAGUCUGCUUUUACUUUUCAUUUUUGGGAUCAGAUAAACUGGAGAAUCUAUAAUCUAGUCUCUCUCAAAAAAGAUGAAAGCUUAAGAGAAUUUAUGCCGGUUUGUAGAGCGCUGUUGGAGUGUUUUAAACAAACUGAUAAUAAUAAGAUCAACUUGGACUCAGAAAACAAAGCUUCUGGCUUUGUCUCAUUAAAUUCCAGUAAACCGGAGACUGUGUGUGUGUAUUGGAGAAUGUUGCAAGUGUUGUUGCAAAUGCUGAAAGUAUUGCUUUGAACUCUGUUGAAAAAAAUUUUCCUUCUGUCUCUCUGGGAAAAAAUGAGACUCUUUUGGACUUUUCUUCGCGUUGUUCUGUUAAUGUAAAAAUAUGUGGCUCUUGUAAGGGGGAUGGGAAAAAAUGUGUAAAAGAUGGGAAUGGAAAAGUGACUGUACUUCCUAAAAUUGUUUGUGUAGGGACACUGAAACCUGAAUUGGAUUCUGUUGGGCCUGGGGUGGAGGCUGAGGUGGCUGCUUCCACUUGGGAAAUUGUGGUUCCGGGGAACUCUUUUUCAGUUAAGCAAAAACAUGGUUGUUCUGGUGUUUGUCAAUCUAUAGAUACAGAGAAAGAAAAAUUGGCUUUAAUGGUGGAGUCCUUUGAAAGGAUGGAUAACUCUCAAAAACCUGAAAAAACACGGGUUGAGUUUUUAAAAUGUCAUGAUCCUAAUUCUUGUAUUUUAAAACGAAACCAUGUAAGUUUAAAACCUAGAUUUGGGGACUCCCAAGCUGAGUUUUUCUUGGCAGGGAGACAAUGUGAAACUUCUAGUAAAGUAUCGAAAUCAAGGUUAAAUGGCACUGUUCCCAGAAGAGAGGAACAUGCCUCUGUCCCGGCCCCUUUGGGUCGGGCUUCAGAGGAGGCGUGUUGUUUGUGGGAGUCCACCCCUGCUUUUUAUGGCCGAGUUCCCGGAGCUGGCCGAGUUCCCAGAACUGGCCGAGUUCCCAGAGUUGGCAGAACUCCUGGACAAGAGUACAGUGUCCCUGUCAGGAAUUUGGAUUUGGGCAGAGUGCCUGGAAGGUUUGGAUUUAGUGAUUUUUCAGAAUCAGAAAAUAUAUUGGUUAGAAGUAAAGGUCAAUCUGUCAUUGAUAGAAGUGACAAUUUUGAUUUUCCAUUAAAUUUACCUGAUUGCUCAUACAUUAAUCAGAAACUGGAAAAAGAUUCGGAUUUAAAGGAACAAUACCUUGCUUUACCAGUAUAAUAUGGAAGAAAUGAUAGAAAUCCAAAAUAUGAAAGACUUGAUCAUCAUGAUAUAAAGGAGUUGCGACAGGCUUUGAAAGAGAGUGGAUUUUCUUCUCCCUAUUUUAAUAGUGUGUUGAAAAAUACUUUUAACUCUUAUGACUUAGUUCCUGCUGAUUGCAGGAAUGUGGCUUCUCCGAUCUUAACCAAUUCACAGUACUUACUAUGGGAAUUACAAUGGAAAAAACUACUUAACAAGUUGGUUGAAGGAUAUGCAAAUACUGAUUAUGCCAAUCUAGAUGUUGCUCAACUAGCUGGUGAUUCACCUUACAAUAGGCCUGAAAAUUAAGAAGCUGAACUGCCUCGGCCUGUGUUAACAGACAUUAAAGAUGCUGCUAGAAAGGCCUUGUUUUCACUUGAGCCUCCUGGCUCACAUUUGAAGUCUUAUCCACUGAUCAAACAAGGUGAAACUGAAUCUUAUGGUUCUUUUUUGGAUAGAUUAACUCAAGCAGUUGAAAGGCAAUGUCCAAAUGAACAAGCCCACUCUUAUAUUAUUCAAAAUCUUGCUUCUGUAAAUGCUAAUAAUGAAUGUAGAAAAAUUAUUUUAGCUUUGCCUGAUCAGCCUCCAACAAUUACACAGAUGCUAACAGCUUGCAGUAGACUUAUGGGUUCACAAAAUGCUGCAAAUUCACAGGUCAAUGCUUUGGAAAAAACACUGGAACACAAUUUGACACAACGAAUGGAUAAAAUUGAAAAGCUUUUAGAAAAACAAGAAAAACGUUGGGAAAAUUCUGUUAAUGCUGUACAAGUAGAUCCUAAUAAAAAGCCUGUCUGCUUUGGUUGUGGUAAACUAGGGCACCUUAAAAAGGAUUGUCAUGGGGCAUCAAAUCAAAUUUCUAUUUGCCCUCGAGGCUGAAAAGAAAGGCAUCUUGCUAUAUUCUGUCACUCACUAUUUGAUAUCAAUGGCAACCCACUGUCGUUAAACUUCAGAAACAGCGCAUUCCACCGCGCUCAGACACAACUUGUGGUACCUGCUGGCAAUGGGUGAAUACUCUCACUGGGCUGGUCAUGUCACAAAACGAUUGUCAUGUGUAAAGAUUCCAAUCAAAGUGACUUUUUACCUGUCAUAGGAUGUGAUUGUCAUGAUAUAUAUAAUAUGCUACUAUCUUGUUGUACAAGUUUUGUCCUCAGUUCACAGAAUUUUCCAGGAUUCAAGAUUCUACUACUACAUGGAUGAUCUGCUCAUCACAGCCUCAACGCAGACAAAGAUGCAGCAAACCUGUGCUGGUGUUGGGACUGAAAUCCAAAAGUGCUGGACUUGACAUUUCUACAACUAAAUUCCAAGGAUGCAACAAAGAUUCAAGACUGAGACAUCAAUUCUUCAAAGAAGACCAUCAACUCUUCAAAGAAGACAACCUCAUCACUGGACUCUGACCGUGGUUCGAGUUUUUCAGCUUUUCCCUCAAUCUUUUAAUUUAAUUUAAUGAAUAGAAAGUUCAGUUUUAAAGGAUGUUAGUAAUGAAACUUUACAACGUUGGAUUUCCUGUCUUUUUACAACUUUGCAAUAUAUAAUUAAUCCAUGCUUUGUUUCUCCCAUUAGGGUAUUCAUGUUUCCGUGGACACGUUCUCUGGUGCAGUUUUUGCUUCCCUCCCCACAGGUGAAACUGGCAGCCAUGCCUGUCAUCAUUUCCUGUAAGCUUUUGCUUCCUUGGGUGUACCCCAAGAAGUAAAAACUGACAACGGUCCCGCAUAUAUAUCUCAAAAAUUGGCCACAUUUAAAAAUGUCGACACAUUUUUGGUAUUCCCCACUCUCCCACAAGCCAAGCAAUCAUUGAAAGAACACAUCAAACCCUAAAAUGCAUAUUAGAUCAACAGAGAGGGGGAACAGAGAUCACCCCACAGAUGAGACUGAGCAAGGCUCUGUAUGUUUUUAAUUUUCUAAACAGUUCAAGUGAAGGUCCAUUUUGAUUAAUAAUUUGGGGAAAGGAUAUGCUUUUGUCUCCACAGGUGCUGGAAUUAAAUGGGUUCCUGCCAAAAAUGUCAAACCGUAUCGCACUUCAGAACCUGUUGUCGAGCCCAGAACCGAGGAAGCAAGUACACAGACGUGAACUGAAUCGAAGGAUCCCAGGUCUCGCCUGACGCCUCUUGUGCCUGACGUUCUUUGUGCAUCGGUGGAACCCAUGAACUCUGAUUUUGUGCCAAUGUUAUUUAUGAGUAUACUAAUUGAAUGCUGAAUGUUUGUUUAACAAAGCUAAUUAUUGGCUGAAAACUUAGGUUAUUGUUUUUGCUUAGAAAGAAUUCUGCCAAAACUUAGUUCCUGAAAGAGAUGGGGCAAAUUCAAAUGGUAUACUUGUUUUGCUUGAUUUUAAUUGUUUUUUGUCGUGCAGAUUUGCCUGUGGAUCAACUGAAAACGAAUGUUUGGGUGACCUUAGCCAAGGCUGCCGGAUCGGAUACUAUAUGUCUGUCUAAUUCAGAACCAGAAAAGCCUUUUUCAACCUGUCUGGUUGGUGUGCCAGUGAAAGAGUUGCCUUUGGUCAAAAAACAAUCCAAUGGUAAACCAGGUGGAAUUUACAAAGGAAACAGUCCUUCCUUCAAUUGGAACAUUUGCUCCAAAAAACUCCUUAGGGCAGCAUCUGAACCUCAAGAAUUAGAAAUCCUUGGUUCUUUGACCAUGGAUUUUUGUUUUACUUUCAUGACUCGUGCCUAGCGAAAAGGUGAUUCCCCAAAGUUCAGUGUUACUCCUCAUUAUUUUGCAUAUAAAAAUUUGAGUUUUUGGUGUAAUGUUUCAAACAGUUGGGAUGUGGUUCCGGAAACGGAUCAAUAUCCAUGGCAAUUGCCAAAAGGGUAUUGGUUCAUUUGUGGAGACAGAGCUUGGCAAGGCAUUCCAGCCCACCUUGAAGGUGGUCCUUGUAGCAUUGGUAUGCUCACCAUAAUUGCCCCCACUGCCAAAGCAGUGAUGAAAAAGAAACAAAGGAAAACGAGAGCUGUUCCUCAUUAUGAUGAGAACUGUCAAAGUGAUUUUAUGCCUUGGAAUGCCGCCAGAAGGGUUUCAGCAGGUAUAUUUUUACCCCAAUUGGCUUCAGCUGUGGCAUGGAGACAAUUAGGUCGUGUUGGAUGUUGGCUGAGCAAACAAGCUAAUGCCACAUCCUCCGCAAUCAGUGAUAUGUUGACCAAUGUUGAUAGUAUUAGACAUGCUACUCUUCAAAACAGAGCAGCCAUUGAUUUUCUUUUACUGGCACAAGGACAUGGUUGUGAGGAAUUUGAAGGAUUGUGUUGUAUGAAUUUGUCUGAUCAUUCUGAAUCCAUUCACAAAAGCAUUCAAAAAUUAAAGGAUCUGACAGCCCAAAUCAAAGAAGAUGGAGGUUCCUGGUUGGAUGAUUUGUUUCAAAAUUGGAGUUUGGCACCUUGGCUAAGGCAACUUUGCAAGAUAGGUCUUUACAUAUUAGGUGUUCUAAUACUGAUAUUGAUAGUGGUACCUUGUAUACUCUGUUGUGUUCGGCGAAUGAUGAACAAAACAGUCCGAGAAGUUUUUGUCAUACAAGCAGGAGAAUUAGGAAGUAGAAGCACAGAGAGUGUACGAAAUCUCACAAAAGCAGUAGAUGAGGGUAUUGACAUGAACGAAGGUUUUGAAUUAAGGCCUUGGAAUCGACCAGAGUUUUUUGAACGAUGACUUGUGACUGUUGUCAAACGUGAUUCAUAUCUCUUUCAGGGAUUGGGUCUUCACAGCAUUAAGUUGCUGUGCCAUAAUAUAGCAAUGCUUCAGUUUAGUGAAAAUAGGUCUUCAACAGAUGAUAAGCAGAAAUUUUGCAAUAGAGCUAUGAAACACAAGUAGCAAGCGACAAGAAAAUGAAAGCUUCGGGGUCAAACAGAGAGGGGGAAAUGUUGGAAUCCAUAAGGUUAGAGGAUUUUUAAGAAAUGGUUAAAAAAAGUAUGUAGGCCUCAGACUGAAGUUUUGUUAGCAUUGCAAAUACAGCAGAAAAGUUUCCCAUGCAAGCAGAAAAGUUUCCCAAGCAGUAGACAUGACAAAAUAACAAUAGGUCUCUGUGGAACUGGCUUUAGGAUGGCAACAAGGUUAUUUAAUGUAUCUCUUUAGAAGGUUAGCAUGAAUAGAACUCUGUUCUUUAUCUCUUAUGAACUAGUCUUUGUUUUAGCUACGAUUACGUAUGUUUUAUAAGAUUGGAUAGAAUGCUUGUCAAUAUGUGUUUUCUGUGUCUGAUUAGUUGAAUUCUAGUCUGAGAUGAUUUUAUGUAUUGCUGUAUGAGCCCUGUUGGAGGAGACAUUUUUUUUGGUGUGGAUCAGUGAGCUGUCAUGUCUCCAUUUUGUAUUUUGAGACUGAUGUGCUGGAAAUAAAAGCAAAAAUCUCUUUAC